UCGAGUGUGGCCGCGAAGUCUGCGUGACCGUGCGUGACUUUCCGGCUAGUUAGUAAAUUUGAAAAUAUGCCUCCCAAAAAGGGAGGAGGAGGUUCCAAGGGCGGAAAAGCUGAUGGAGGAAAAAGCAAGGGAGAUGAUGAUAGUAAAGCGAGUGCCGGAAAAGAAAAGAAAGGUGGAACAGCUGUUAAGGUUCGGCACAUUCUUUGCGAAAAGCAAUCAAAAGCAUUGGAAGCUUUGGAAAAAUUGAAAGGAGGCAUGAAAUUUCCUGAAGUUGCAGCACAAUAUAGUGAAGAUAAAGCCAGACAAGGGGGAGAUCUAGGUUGGAUGACAAGAGGCUCAAUGGUGGGUCCUUUUCAAGAUGCUGCAUUUGCUUUACCAACUUCCAAUGUCAACAGUCCUGUCUAUACAGAUCCACCUGUAAAAACCAAGUUUGGAUAUCACAUUAUUAUGGUUGAAGGAAAGAAAUAAAAGACUUAAUAUGAAAUUCCUAAUGUAAAUAUACCUUGGAGUUCUUUGUAUGUUUCUAAUAAUUUGUAUUACAAAACAAAUUAUACAUGACUGUACAUAUAAAAAAUAAACUCUAACUCAUUAUAUAUGUUCUGUUUGUAUUUCAAGGUUGUUUACUACUUCCUUUCCAUUAUUUCAAUUGGUUUAUUUGUAAAACCAUGAAGCAAAUAUUCCUACUUAGAUUUAAUUUGUGUCAACAAUAUACAGCUGUCAUCUAAAAACAUUGUUAUCAGCUUAUGCAUGCCAGCAAUUAGCUCCUAUCAGCACAGGCCAUUAAGUUAUUCUAAUAGCUUUUACCAGGAAAGCUGCUGUCAGGUGAUGCUGCAUGCAGAUGUGUUGGCUGGCCUCCCUUAUUCAUUUUUGAAUUCAAAAAUGAGGUGGUUAUGUGUGUGGAUCUUUUCAUUGUUUAUUCCAACAUUAUUAGUAGGUGAUAACCUUAAUCUGCUGCAAGAGAAUUAUGAGCAGCCAUGUGAGAACUGUGAGUAUUAUAAUUAUCAUCAUGUUUAUGUAGGGUGUAAACAACUGUUUUAAUAUUGUGUAUUACAUAUUUUGAAAUGGUUUCUAAAGCAACAAAUAUGAACACAUUUCUUAAGUUUACAAAGAAACUACAUUAAUCUUUGAUAAUCACUUAUUAAUAUUGGUAUUUUUUUCUUCUGAUUCAAUUUCAUGUUAUUAAUCCAAUAAUUAACUUGGUCACUAGCUAAGAAACUGUAUUGAAUGUAGUUUGUUCCAUUAUGUAGUUUUUAAAGAACAAAAUAAAUUUCCU